AUUUGGCACCCGUCCUGCAACCUAUUAUAUCACGACCACUCAGGCGGACAGCGCCGAAAAAAAUGCAACAAAAUGGUGGCUCGAGCGCACCUUAAAACCAAUCGAUAACGAAAAACUUCCCAUAGUAGUAGCAACAGGCGUCACAUGGAAAUUAUUUGCCAAAAGAGCUGAAAAGGCCAAGGCAAGGAGGUUUUGGGACUUUAGUAAUGGAACUGUCACGAUUAUCGAGUUGCCAACUAGUGGACAUGAAGGCACGGCCAGGAAAUUCGGUUACAUGUUUAUGGAGGCCUUCCGUAAUGCCUCACGUCAAGAUCGUGUCGAUGAUUUGGGUUCGAAAAGUUUAUAUACAAACCUCCAAACAAAUAAAUAUGAAGAACCAGAUACCUGUUUUAUGCCUCGACGUUUACUAAAUCCGCAGAACCCAACACGAUACCCUUGCGAUCAUGAAGGCACCCCAUGGCCAACUAUCAUUGUUGAGGUUGCUUUCUCAGAAACACUCGAACAUGUAAGGGAGAAGAUUAAUAACUAUUGGCUGGCCCCUAACCGUGCUGAGGAUGUGAUUGUGAUCAAACUCGGAAGUUGGAAGGAAAAACGUCAUGAUCGAAACGGAAAUCCCUUGCGCCGUUUACUGUGCCAGAAAUUCUGUCGCCGUGCGACCCUCCAGCAAAACCCUAAUGCAACAACAUUCGAACCGGUUCAAGAGAUCGAAUUUGGAUCCAUUUAUCGUAAUGGGAGGCCCGCAGUGAUUUCUUCCUUACCAUUUCCUCCUCAAACCCCUGUUCCUCUUUCUGUACCGGGGGUUGCGAUUGAUCUCUAUGACAUACAGGAGUUGAUCUUUUUUUAUAUGGGCCCAAAUUAG